AUGUUAUUCAUAUUUAGUAGAUUGAACAAUAAUCCACCAUGUGUUAGAUGUGAAUUAAUAGAUAAUUCUAAUGGACUCUAUACUUGUAAUGGAUGUCGAUCUAGUUUCUGUUCGAAUCAUAUUGAAGAUCAUUCAAAUGAACUUCGUAAUUCUUUUGAAUGUAUUAUUAAUGAAUAUAAUAUAGUACAUGAUAUUUUUUGUAAUUAUAAACAAAAUUUUAAUGAUUCUCAAUGGAAAAUAUAUGAAAAAAAAAUCAAUGAUAUUAAAUUCGAAAUAGAUAAAAAGCAAGAGAAACUAAAUUAUUCAGAAAAAGAUCUUGAUAAAUGGAUGAAACAAUUGAAAAAAAUCAAAAUUCAAUUAACAUCACCAAAUUCUUCAAUUAAUAAAUUCGAUCAUCUGUUAAAAUCUAAAGGAUUUCAAAUAUAUAUUUCAUUAGUUCUUAGCAUUCUUAUAGGAUAUUGUAUUAGUCUUAUUUUGAUUCGAAAUAAAUCAUUUUCACAUACACAAUUCAGCGAUAUCAAUGGAUCAAUUCAAUUAUUUGAAAAUGGACAUGUAGCAGAACAUAAUGGUCAAGAUUCUCAUUCUAGUUCAUUUCGUAUUAAUCAAAUCUAUUCAAAUAAUAUAAAUCAUGUGCAAUUAUUAUUUGAAAAAUUCUCAUCAUCAAAAGCUUUUAUUGGAAUAAUUCAAUCAAAAAAUGAACAAUCAACAUUACAUGGAUGGUCCAUUCAUAAUCAUAGACCGGGAGAAGAUUCAAUAUUUCAAUUAUUACGAAAGUUUUACUCAUUUUUGUUCAGUUCUCAACUGAAAUCUUAUGAAAUACAAGAUAUAAAUGAAGGUGCUACAAUUGAAAUAGUAAUUGACUGUAUUAACUCGAAAAUUGUAUUGAAAAAUACACAAACGAAUACUCAUUCUGAGCUUAACAUUGAUCAAGAAGAAUUUCGAUUACCAUGGCAAAUCUAUAUUAGUCUUAAUCAUUAUGGAGAUCGAAUCCAUCUUCAAUAA